CAGUCCAGCUCUCUCCUGCUUCUGUCUGCGCUGUCCAUGAUGACGCUCCUUGGCGUAGCCCCCGUGCAGGGCAACGGGGCCCUGGCCCACAAGAAGGUCGAGAGGGGGUUCCCCAAAGACUGCAGCAACAUCCCCAGGGACAGCCCCAGCGGGUUCCAUGUCAUCCAGCCGGCAGGCUCUCCCCCUCGAGUGGUGUGGUGUGACAUGGACACCGAAAGCAAAGGCUGGACCGUUGUCCAGAGAAAUUCUUACAACACAGAGAUCACCUGGAAGGAGUCCUGGAGCACCUACAAGUACGGCUUUGGGAACGUGCAGCAGGAUUACUGGCUGGGCAACGAGUACCUGUCCCUGCUCACGCGGCAGAACAUCUACAAGGUCCGCUUUGUCAUGGAGGACAAAUCCAACAACACCCGCUACGCAGAGUACAACAUCAUCAGUGUCGAGGAUGAGCCCAGCGGGUACCCUCUGAGGCUGGGCAGGUACUCUGGGGACGGCGAGGACUAUCUCACCACCUACCCCUCCGGCCUGGGGGGCAUACACGACAACAUGAAGUUCAGCACAAGUGACAAGGAUCAGGACCAGACCAGUGGGAAUUGCGCAAGUAGCUAUGGAGGCUGGUGGUACGACAAGUGUCAGAACGUCCUGCUCAAUGGGAAAGGCUACAUCUACUGGGCAGGGUUCUGUACGAGUGGGGAGUGCAAGUCUACCCUCAUCCUGGUUAAGCCAACAGACGUGUGCUGGGUCCGGCAGGAGGAGCCCAUCCUCCUUGGGAGCCGGUGCUGCUGAGAAGGGGAGACCAUAUUAGAUCAGACACUGAGCGCCAUCCCCCACCUAAUCAGUGCAGACCCUGCAAUGCCUCCACUCUGCUCACCCCCUUCCCUGUUGGCUUCUGCACGGUAAAUCCCCUGGAAUAAACGCUGAGAGCUGACCCCGCCGGUGCGUUCGAAUGACACGAAGAGUGUGAUUGGUGUGUAUAACUGGACCCCCGCUUCCACUCUGCCUCGCUGGAAGCCAUGUCACUCACUACGACUUUAGACCCACAUUUACCUCUGCUUCUCCCAGCCCUGCCACUGCCCCUUGGCAUUAGUGAUCAAUGAAUCAUGACACUGGAUUUCUAGCAACUGUCAUUGAGCAUUUAAAUGGGGGAUGACUCAAAGACAGGACUUUAUAUCUGAAUCCUGCAUGUAUUAGCAGUGGUGAGUUUGGGUUCAAAAACCUGGCCUCUGUGUUUUUAAUAAAUAUGGUUAUUACAUGAGAAAACAUUGCAACAGUAAUUAGUUGCUGAUAAACCACUGAGAUUAGAUAGACGUGCAACGAAACCACACAAUAAAGAUAUUGGUGUCCCUCUUCAACCCAAGGGGCUAGUCAAAGUUUGGGGCCCUGGGGAUGUUCCAGUGGGGAGCAGAAAUUGGCAGUGGAGUCUGGUAAUUUUUUGAUGUCUUGUUUAUUGACAAGGAACAUACAGAGUCCUGCUUCUCCAAACACAGCAGGAGCCAACAGCAGGGAUUAGCCUCCCUGCUCUCAGCUCCAAGCCUCUUUAGCCAGCACCUGGCCCAAAAGCUCUCUAUGCUCCUCCCACGAUCACACCAUGCUGACAGGCUCUGCUCGACUUUCCUGCUCUGCCUCCGUGUCCUGGCUGCACUGCCCGGCUUGUCUCUUUCACACACGCACCAGCUCAGAACAAUGCUCGGUGGCAUCCUCUGCCCACCUGGGGCUAGUUUCUGUGCACACGCCAUCAUGGCUUGUUCUACACGAGGCCCCCUUACCUGUUGCUUCCAGCUGUCUUAAAUGAAGAGUGCAUCCUCACAGCUGUGUCAAUGAGAUUUUAACUCCACCCAUAACAUGGUAUAAUCCAGCUCCUAGCAGUGUAUUUAUCUGUCAGGCUGACGUCCUCUGAGCAUCUCUGAGCAUUUCCUGCCUGUUUGGCUUCAGUCUUCACUUCAAUCAAAGUUCAUUGUGACCAGAUGCUGAACACCAUUAAUGCUAACAGCCAGGGGCAGGAGCACCCGGAACAGGGAAAGAACAGGCUAAAGAACAAGUCAGCUGGGCCUGAUGAAGUUCACCCUCAGGCAGGGCUCCCAAAUCGUGGGCUGUAGCCCAAAGAUGGGCCAUGACGUAGUCCUGGCUGGUCCACUGGCAGGGGUGAAGAUGGGGGGGAAUGUGAAGGGGCAUUGCCCCCCCCCCCAAACUGCAUCUUUCCAUUCCCCUCCUGACCAUGGCCCUUCAGUGCAUCCCCAGGACACAAGGCCCUGUCUAAUUGGCCUUCCUGACAGAUCCUGCGUGGAGAGCGUGCGUAGGAGGGGGUUUGGGGGCAGGUUUGGAAAG